GAUCCAGUCUGCAGACUCGGACACGCCGGUACGCGGGGAGCGGUGCCUCGCAUUACGUAAGCGGUAUAAUGUCGAUCACAAGCGCUGGUCUGUGGUCGUGUAAGCAAUCGAAGAGCUGAGCGAGUCUCCGCCAACUCAGACUGCCACCAGCCACCUCAAGCCUGCCUCCCGUCCCCGCCCACGUCUCUCUUUCCGCCACCAUGGGUCUCUCCUUGUCCUCUCUCUUUUCUUCCCUAUCUUCGCUUGUUCGCUGGAGCAAAGAGCAGGAUGUCCGGAUACUGAUGCUCGGUCUUGACUCUGCGGGAAAGACUACCAUCUUGUACAGACUACAGAUUGGGGAGGUAGUCUCCACAAUACCCACCAUUGGGUUCAAUGUAGAGACCGUACAGUACAAGAACAUCAAGUUCCAAGUAUGGGAUCUCGGCGGCCAGUCGAGCAUACGACCAUAUUGGAGAUGUUACUUCCCCAACACCGCGGCCAUCAUCUACGUCAUUGACUCAGCCGACACCGCACGGCUGAAGACAUCACGGACCGAACUGCUCACGAUGCUUUCAGAGGAGGAGCUUACAGGCGUGCCUUUGCUCGUGUUCUGCAAUAAGCAAGACAUGGAGGGAGCACUAAAGCCAGAGCAGAUCAGUGAGGAGCUCGGUCUUGCUGGUGGCGAAAAGGAGCGGCAAUGGAGUGUGCGGGGGAGCUCUGCGACCAAGGGUGAGGGACUCGAGGAGGGGCUGGACUGGUGCGUGGUCAACGCGAUACAGAAAAAGUAG